AUGGCCGGAAUUUUGAGCGCCAUCAAGCUACGACGCAACGGCUACAACAACUUCACAAUCUAUGAAAAAGCCAAACGUCUGGGCGGCACAUGGCGAGAAAAUACUUAUCCUGGGAUCGCUUGCGACGUACCGUCUCACUCCUAUUGUUAUGAAUUUGAACCCAAUCCGGAGUGGUCUCACACCUGUUCACCUGGCGCUGAGAUCCUGGAGUACUUCGAAAACGUUGCGGUAAAAUACGGCGUAACCAAGCACGUCCAGUUCGAAGCAGAGAUAUCACAAUUGCGCUUUGAGGACGACAAGUGGCACCUACAGUGCAAAGAUGGCCAGAGCGGCGUGUUCGACUUCAUCGUUGCUGCAACGGGCGUACUCCACCACCCUGCCUAUCCUGAUAUCCCAGGUCUGCAGACAUUUACCGGCCCCACCUUUCACUCGGCGCGUUGGGACCAUACGGUCAAACUGGAAGGACAGCGCGUCGGUAUUAUAGGUACGGGUUCCAGUGCCAUUCAGAUUAUUGGCGACCUGUCGGGCAAAGUGGCAAAACUGAUUCAAUUUCAGCGCACGCCGCAAUGGAUCUUACCGCGUCCGAAUCCAACGUACAGUGAACAGGAAAAACAAUACUUUCGCGAAAAUCCGGAAGCGAUGCAAAAGAUUCGCGCUGAACAGAUGCAGAUGUUCGAACAUGGCUUUUCCUCAGCCGUUGUGGGUGAAAAUCCCCAGGCAUUGGCCGACAUUCAAGCGGCCACGCUGGCUCAUCUCGAAAACAAAGUCAGCGACUCGGUGUUGCGGGAAAAACUACGGCCCAACUACCAGGCAGCCUGUAAAAGACUCAUCAUGGACGACAAGUAUUACGAUGCCAUUCAACAUCCUGACUCGGAACUGGUGACGGAAACAAUAAGCGCUAUCGAACCUGCCGGAGUGCGUACCGCAGACGGGAAAUUGCAUGAACUGGACGUACUGGUAAUCGCGACGGGCUUUAAAGCCGAUCAGUUCCUGCGCCCAAUCGAGGUCAUUGGACGCAACGGUAAAACGCUGGAAGAAGCAUGGGCCGAUCGGCCAUCUGCCUAUUUAUCGGUAUGCGCACCGGAUUUUCCCAACCUCGUCAUGCUCAAUGGCCCCAAUGGCCCUGUCGGCAAUUUUUCACUGAUUGACGUUGCAGACAUCCAACUCGAUUUUUUCAUGAAACUCCUGGAUGAACUGCAGGCUGGCGAUUAUACCGCAUUUGCACCUAAAUCUGAGGCGGCUGAGCGAUUCGAAGCGGAACGAGUACAGGCAACGAAGAAUACGGUAUGGGUGUCCGGGUGCAAAAGUUGGUACCUGGAUGAUAAUGGUGUACCUGCCGCAUGGCCAUGGUCGAUGCAUCGGUUUCGUACUGCUUUGGGGAACCCGGAUUUUGCCGAUUUUGAACUGACUCGCUGA